AUGAUGAGGAUGUAUGUUCAAAUGGGUCGCCCCAAUGAUGCACUCAACAUGCUUGUUGAAAUGAUUCAUUCGGGUUGGGGUCGACCUGAUAACUUCACUUACUCGAUUGUUAUCAAGGCUUGUAGUGAGUUGUUCUUUGAUAUGGGGGUUGGAGUUCAUAGGCAGGCGCUCAAGUAUGGAUUUGAUAGGGAUGUACUUGUUCAAAACUCUUUAUUGGCAAUGUGUAUGGUUGCCGGAGAAAAAGAAGCUGCAAGAUUGACUUUUGAUUUGAUGCUUGAACCAACAGUGUUGUCGUGGAAAAGUUUGAUUAACGGAUACUUUUAG